GGGAGCUGGCCAAGGCGGGGCUGGGACCGGAGCACGUCAAGGCGCUGGUGGCGUCGCUCAGCGACACGUACCGCAGGGUCGCCUUCCCCGCCGCCGCCGCGCACGCCGCCGAGGACCAGGCGGCAACGGCGAAGACGUGCGGCAACGGCGCGGCGAGCAGAGGCAGGGCGGGCGCGGCAAAGGUUGCCCCCGCGCGGAGAGCGGCGCCGCCGCGUCCCCGCAAGGGCUCGGCUGGCGGCGCGGGCAUGGAGGCGGUGGCGACGACAGAGGAGGAGGGGGAGGAGGAGGGGGGCGCCGCCGACCAGAGCGACGGCCGGCGGCAGGUUGCGCGCUCGAGGGGCGGCAGCGGCGGCGGCCGCGGACAGCUGAAGAGCAAGCGCGAGGAUAAGAAGAGCUUGCUCCUGGCGGCCGCGGAGGAUGCCGCGGCGGACGAGUGCUCGGACGGCGAGGGUGGGGGGGCAGCCUACAGGAACGGCUCGGUGCACGGCGCGAGGGCGGCGUCGGGGAGGCUGCCAGAGGGGGGCGGCGAUGGGAGCCAGAGCCCGGACGAGCGCGAGACGCUGCGUGGCAGCAGCUGA